AUCUAUGCUCUGACGCUAUGCGGCAUUCUUCUUGCAUUGUUCAUAGCACGGCAGAUAUUGCCAGUCACCUACACUUGGUGUCGGAUAAUAUUUCUGCUGUUCCUUCGGUUUUUCAGCUACACCUUUGUAAUUCAUCGCCAUCGAUGGUUAGGACCCUGGACGAUUGAACUCAUCGUCAGCCGGACCAUAUAUCUCCUAGCCAAUCUGUUAUGUCUGCUCAUGCCGUCAGUGUCGCGGGCAGAGCUAGCAUCGCGAGCUGGCUCGUUAGCGGCUAUCAAUAUAACACCACUUUUCUUGUCCAUUCACCUAGACUUUCUGGCUGAUACCUUAGGCCUGUCACUGAAAAUAGUACAAGAAGUACAUAAGUCGGCAGGGGUGAUGACCUUCGCGCUAAUGACUCUCCAUGUCUGUCUUUUGGUCGACCUCGAAGUGGUACCCGGGCUGUACGCGUCCAUCUCGGCGGCAGUCAUGGUGCUUCUUGGCAUGACACCGCUCAGGAGGCGAGUACAUGAGCUUGCAGAUAAGACUCACAAAGCCCUGGCGAUAACGAUGGCCUUUUCCACAUGGCAGCAUAUAAGCAAGAUCACUCAUGUGCACCAGUGGCUGUUAUACACCGCAGCUGGAGUGAUCUGCCUGGUCCACGCGGUGCAGGUCUGUCUGUUCUUGCGCAGGAAUGUAUGCUGGGGCAAACCAUUCCCGAGAGCACAUGUCACGAGUGAUGGGAGCAUAGUCAGAAUAGUGUUGUGCUUGCCACGUCCAGUGAAGAUCGAUGCCGGACAAUAUAUCAGCCUAAACAUGAUAUCUUCCACGAUCGGCUUCUGGUCGUGGGCGCAAAGCCAUCCAUUCACGAUCACUUCGUGGUCUCUGAGGAGGCAGGAUGAACUAGAACUUUGUGUUCAGUGCCGCAGCGGACUAACACUACGACUUCUCCAGUCGGGUGAGAGAACCUUUCUCGCAUUCUUCAGCGGUCCUCAUGGGAGGUCUCAUUCCCUAAAGGCUAAGUCAGUACUCAUGUUGACGACGGACUUCGGAAUCGUGGCGGUCCUACCAUACCUGAAGAAGAUCACUGUCAACUACGAAUGCCGCGUCCACAUGGUCUGGCACGUGAAG